AUGCCGCUGCGCUUAGCCGCCGCUCUGCUUCUCCUGGCCACGGCGACGACGUCGUGGUUCGCGGAGGUCGCCACUGCCGGCCGCGUCUUCAACGUCUCGGAUUUCGGCGCGGUCGCCGACGGGCGCACGGACGAUUCCGAGGCUUUCCUUCGGGCGUGGACGAAGGCGUGCGCGACGCCGGGGAGAGCCGCGGUCGUCGUCCCCAGGGGCGACUACCUGUUGCACCCGCUGGUGUUCCGGGGUCCCUGCAAGGGCUACAUGGAGGUCCACGUCCGCGGCGUCCUCCGCGCGCCGCCGGGACUCGGCGCCUUCCGUGGCUGCCGCGAGUGGGUCCACUUCUCCAGCAUCGACGGGCUGCUCGUCACCGGCGGCGGCACGUUCGAUGGCCGCGGCUCCACGGCGUGGCCGCUCAAUGAGUGCCCGCAGAAACGCGACUGCAAGCUUCUGCCCACCUCCAUCAAGCUCGGGCUGGUGAGGAACGCGACCAUCACGGGCGUGACGUCGCUGGACAGCAAGUUCUUCCACGUCACGGUGGUGGGCAGCCACGACGUGCGCAUCCACCGCGUGAGCAUCCGCGCGCCGCGCAGCAGCCCCAACACGGACGGCGUGCACAUCCAGGGCUCCUCCAACGUGCGCGUCACGGACUGCGCCGUGGCGACCGGCGACGACUGCGUCUCCGUCGGACCGGGCGCCUCGGACGUGGUGGUGUCCGGGGUGUCGUGCGGGCCGGGCCACGGCAUCAGCGUGGGCAGCCUCGGCAGGUACCCCGGCGAGGAGGACGUGCGGCGGCUGCGCGUGGCCAACUGCACCCUCGCCGGCACGUCCAACGGCGUGCGGAUCAAGACGUGGCGCGGCGGGACCUGGCCCACCGCCGUGUCCGGGCUCGUCUUCGAGGACAUCGUCAUGAGGAAGGUCCGCAACCCCAUCAUCAUCGACCAGGAGUACUGCCCCUACGCCUCCUGCCGCGAAUCGGAGCAGCGGCCGUCGGCGGUCAGGAUAAGCGACGUCAAGUUCAGGAACAUCCGGGGCGAGUCGGCGACCAAGGUCGCCGUGAAGCUGUCGUGCAGCGAGGCGAGCCCGUGCCGGGAGCUGGAGCUCAGGGACAUCGACCUGCGCUACGUCAAGCGCGGCGUUGCCACGCAGUCGCGGUGCGCGCACGUCGCCGGCGGUGUGGUCGGCGGCACGCUAGUCCCUCCCUCGUGCAUAUGA